AUGAAGUUCUCCGCCGUGUUAGCCCUCUCCGCCGCCGCGAUGGUCUCCGCCAGAUCCGCCCGCAACACCUACCCCGUCCGUCGCGAUGGUCACAAGAAGGAAUCCUCUGCCGAGAUCGCUAAGGCUCUUCCCGCUGGUAUGGCAGGAUUCGGAGUAUCAAACAGCCAGGUCACUGAGGUCAUCAUCAUUUGGGCGAACCCGGGUGCCGGCGCGCCUACGAUCAACAUCAACCCUCCCGCCGGUGGUGCCGCCGCUCCCCCCGCCGCUCCCCCCGUUGCCGCUCCUCCUCCGGCCGCCCCUGCCGCUCCUCCUGCCGCUGCUCAAACCCACCAGGUUACCGUUGGUGGCCCCGCCGGUCUCGUCUUCGUUCCCGACCAGGUCAAGGCCAACGUUGGCGACAUGGUUGUUUUCACCUUCAUGAGCCAGAACCACACUGCCACCCAGUCUUCCUUCGCGAAGCCUUGCGACCCUCUGGCCGGUGGUAUGAACUCUGGCUUCAUGGCCAACCCCAACAACUCCGUUGCCCCGCCUCCUCAGGUCGCCAUGCAAGUCAUGGUCUCUGAGCCUCUGUGGUUCUACUGCGCUCAGGCCAACCACUGCGGAAAGGGCAUGACUUUCUCCAUCAACCCUACUGCCGACAAGACCCAGGCCAUGUUCCAGUCCAUGGCCAUCCAGCAAAAGGGCAACGGUGCUCCCAGCGCCAUCGUCGGUGGUCAGCCCCCUGCUGCCGCUCCCCCCGCCGCCUCUGCUCCCGCCGCCGCUCCUCCCGCUGCUGCCCCUGCCGCCCCUGCCGCCCCUGCCGCCCCCGCUGCCGGUGCCGGUAAUGUCCAGAGCGGCACUGGCCAGAUCAACGGAAACGGAGCUUGCGUCUGCUCCGUCACUUGCUCGACCGGCUCAUUCCCCGCAGCUGCACAAGGCGUUGGUGCCUUCGGUGGCAUGGCAGGCUCUCUCCCCAUGAACAUGAUGGAGGCUUAA